AUAGGCAUGAAGCCACCGUCUUACAGCUGCAUGCAUGUCACUGUUGAAGCAAAUGCCUACCUAAUUUGACAGUCUUGGUGUGCUUAAAGUUUUUUUGAGUUUGCAAAUAAGCAUAUUAAGUCUACUGAUGGAGCCUUCAGGCAGUGAACAGUUAUAUGAGGACCCUGAUCCUGGAGGCAGAUCCCAAGAUGCAGAGGCCAGAAAGCAAACAGAAUCAGAACAAAAGUUAUCUAAAAUGACCCACAAUGCUUUGGAGAACAUUAAUGUGAUUGGCCAAGGCUUGAAGCAUCUCUUCCAACACCAGCGCAGGAGGUCAUCAGUGUCGCCACACGAUGUGCAGCAAAUUCAGACAGAUCCAGAACCUGAAAUAGAUCUGGAAAGCCAGAACUCAUGUGCUGAGAUUGAUGGUGUCCCCACCCACCCCACAGCUCUGAAUCGUGUUCUACAGCAGAUCCGAGUGCCCCCCAAGAUGAAGAGAGGGACAAGCUUGCAUAGUAGGCGGGGUAAGCCAGAAGCCCCAAAGGGAAGUCCCCAGAUCAACAGGAAAUCUGGCCAGGAGAUGGCAGCUGUUGUACAGACAGGCCGACCCAGGUCUUCAUCGACAACUGAUGCUCCCACCAGCUCAGCUAUGAUGGAAAUAGCUUGUGCUGCUGCUGCUGCUGCUGCAUGUCUACCAGGAGAGGAGGCAACUACAGAACGGAUCGAACGGUUGGAAGUAAGCAGCCUCGCUCAGACUUCCAGUGCAGUGGCCUCUAGCACUGAUGGCAGCAUCCACACAGAGUCUGCGGAUGGAAUACCAGACCCUCAACGCACAAAGGCUGCCAUUGCUCACCUGCAGCAGAAAAUUCUAAAGCUUACAGAACAGAUCAAGAUUGCACAGACAGCCCGGGACGACAAUGUUGCUGAGUAUUUGAAGCUUGCCAACAGUGCAGACAAGCAGCAGGCUGCCCGCAUUAAACAGGUCUUUGAGAAGAAGAACCAGAAAUCUGCCCAAACCAUUCUCCAGCUACAAAAGAAGCUUGAGCACUACCAUCGGAAGCUUCGAGAGGUAGAGCAGAAUGGGAUCCCCCGGCAGCCAAAGGAUGUCUUCAGGGACAUGCACCAGGGUCUGAAAGAUGUGGGAGCCAAGGUGACGGGCUUCAGUGAAGGUGUGGUGGACAGUGUCAAAGGUGGAUUCUCCAGCUUUUCCCAGGCCACCCAUUCAGCAGCAGGAGCUGUGGUCUCUAAACCCAGAGAGAUCGCCUCGUUAAUUCGGAACAAAUUUGGCAGUGCAGACAACAUCCCUAACCUAAAGGACUCUUUGGAAGAGGGGCAAGUAGAUGAUGCGGGGAAGGCUUUGGGAGUGAUUUCGAACUUUCAGUCAAGCCCAAAAUAUGGUAGUGAGGAAGAUUGUUCUAGUGCUACUUCAGGUUCUGUGGGAGCCAACAGCACCACUGGGGGCAUCGGUGUAGGAGCAUCCAGCUCCAAAACAAACACCCUAGACAUGCAGAGCUCAGGAUUUGAUGCACUUCUACAUGAGAUCCAAGAGAUCAGGGAGACCCAGGCCAGACUGGAGGAAUCCUUUGAGACCCUCAAAGAACAUUAUCAGAGGGACUAUUCCUUAAUAAUGCAGACCUUACAGGAGGAGCGAUAUAGAUGUGAACGAUUAGAAGAACAACUAAAUGACCUUACAGAACUCCACCAGAAUGAAAUCUUGAACUUAAAGCAGGAAUUGGCCAGCAUGGAAGAGAAAAUUGCAUAUCAGUCCUAUGAACGGGCCCGGGACAUCCAGGAGGCCCUGGAGGCCUGCCAGACUCGCAUCUCCAAGAUGGAGCUGCAGCAGCAGCAGCAGCAGGUGGUGCAGCUGGAAGGGCUGGAGAAUGCCACUGCCCGGAACCUUCUGGGCAAACUCAUCAACAUCCUCCUGGCUGUCAUGGCCGUCCUUCUGGUCUUCGUGUCAACAGUAGCCAACUGCGUGGUUCCCCUCAUGAAGACUCGCAACAGGACGUUCAGCACUUUAUUCCUUGUGGUUUUUGUUGCCUUUCUCUGGAAGCACUGGGACGCGCUCUUCAGCUAUGUGGACAGGUUCUUCUCGCCCCCCAGAUGAUGGUGCAGAAAGCAGCUCCCACCUCUGGCAGUGUGUGCAGUAAGUUAGACAGCACACCCACUCUGACGCUUUCCACAACAACAAGAGAGUUGAGUGAAUCUGUUUACAUUUAGAAUAAUGUUUUUUUUUUUCUUCAAGAGACGCAAUUGCAAUAGUAUUUUUUAGAUUUUAUCCAAGAAGUUUUUUGGGCGAAAAUCUUGGGUCAUUUUUAUGUAGCAUGAUUUUCCUUGGGAUGCAAAUCUUAAACAGUCCUUUAACAUGACCCAAUAAUCUGGAGCACACUGAAGGGCAUUCUACCCUGGGGCUUGAAGGACUGCACUCAAACCCACUCAGAGGGUGAAAGACCUGACCAGGGCACUCCCUUGACACCUGAGCAGCCCUGUCUGGGCUCUCCACCUCUCCUGGCCCCAGAUUAACUCUACUGUGAAGUCCUGCCACAUUCCAACACGUGGGUUUCGCGGCUUUCUCACCCAACAUGGCCGUUCAUGCUAUCGCUGGAAUGUGACCGUCUGAGCCUGGCUCCUCAGCUCUGCCAGGACAUAGAAGGUUCUCUGCGCAGUCCACGGCAGUAUGUGAAGUAGCCCUCUACAUCCUUAAUUUUGAGCAAAUCCCCUCGGCCGCACUUUUAAGGUUUUGGUUUUUUGGUGUUUUUUAUUUUGUAUGUGUGUAUAGUUACCAACUUAAAAAUAAAAAAUCCGAACAGCAUACUUGAAGAAUGUAAUACUCAAACUCUCAGUGCUUCCUUAUGGUUUCUAAUAGGAUUUUUUAUUAUUGUUGUUAUUAUUAUUGGGUUUUUUUUUUUGGAAAGGGUUGGGAGGAUCUUUUAUUUUUCCUUUGAAAUAAAGAAGUGAUGUUUUUAAAUGAGGAUGUGUGGAUAUUUAAACCUGCUGCUCCCUCCUGGACCCUUUGAGUGAGAUACUGGAAACGCUGCCCUCUGCUGCCUUUGUUUUGAGAUGCAGCUUAAAUUCUCUGCCCUGGCUGCUGCUGCUUUCUGUGUCCUCCACCCCUCUACCACCCCUUCAUGGGCUUGGCUUGGUUGGAGAGCCAAGGGGUUUGCAGGGAAGAAGGGACAGUUUCUCCACAUACAGCAUGGCAGGACUGGUAUUUUUGCCCCAAGAAAAAUGUCCACCCAGUGACAUUGGACUGGGUUUGUCUUUAGGAAACAUUGAGACUAUCAGAGUCAUAAAUAAUUUCUUGUGUUUCUUUAAUUUAUUGUUUAGCAUUCCCUAAUUACUGAAACCAAAGUGAUGUGGAAUCUUCAGUCUGCAUUUGGCCCCAACACCCUAACCUAACAAAGCUUUAUCUGCUGCCUAAGAGAAUCCACCGCUCUGAUUCUCCUAACUAGCAGAACAGGAAAUGUCAGGUUGGAAGGACCCUACCUGUGUUGGGUACAAAGUAUCAGUAGCUUCCUGUCAAUCUGGAAGGACUUCCCUAACUGCCUGGUGGACUUUGUGUAGAGAGUGUAGAGAGAUGAACUAGUGCCCCCAGCCCAUCCCACCAUCCUGGUGGAACUUUUUUAAAACUUCCCUCGAGAGCUUGGUUAAUGCUUUCUUACGACUUAUUGUAUUGGGUCACAAGUGCAGUUCCCUGGUGGCCUUGUUCUGUGCAGCCAGGUGGGGCUUAGGGGUCAGGAGCAGUGCCCUGGUCCCCCACACCAGGGCCUUCUGUAGGAACUAGCCUGGCAUUGCCCUGUCAGUUGGAAAGGGUGGCUGACUUGACAGCGCUAGCCUCCACUGGCUUUGGCGGCCAGGCCUUCUCCGGGUCAGCAUGCUGUCUCCAUAACCACUUGGAUAUUUUAACUCAGGUACCCCAGUCUCCACCCCAUCCCCAAAUCGUUGCCCUCCACCUCACAGUUAUCAUCCAGAUCAGGGACCAUAAGGGGUGAUUUUUCUUUAAGAAAAAAUAACAUUAGAACCAGUUCAUGUUCAUGCCAAAACAAAUUGUCCCCAAGCCUAUAUACUUAAAACGUUAACUUUGCCUAAAAAUAUUGCAGUGACUUUCAGCAGGAGUGCCAAAGGACACACGACCUUGUCAGACAGGCAGUUGCUGCUUUUGGUCAGUCCUUCAGUACAGAGAGAACCUCACGGGGCCGUUGGGAAAGUGCUGUAGUGUGGGCCACUGGUGUUGCUAAGAAGGAAAGAGUCUCCUGCUGCACAGAGGUGACUAAGUUUUGUAGCCACUGGCUAUCACUGUGAUAGAUCAGCUGAAGUGACUCCCCUUUGCCUUGAGACAGUUCUAUCCAAGAAAGGUUUUCACCUCUGGAAAGCCCCUGGAGCUCCAGCCAAACAGACCCACACUAACGUCCCACCUUUCUCUCUGGAACUGUCUGGAGAAGGGCCUGCAGCCCCAGCCAGGCCCUGCAUGGCUUUCUUGUUCUCUUGUCCCUGUCACUCACCAGGCCCAGCACUUUCCUUCAUCUAGUGCUCAUCAUAACAUGCUCCAGUUUCCUGCUGCCUUUGAGCUGCUUUGAAUUCUGUCUGUUCCAAACCCUUCUAUAACCUUGCUCUUGUGGUUUAACAAUUGUUCAGAAAGAAACUUGCCCUCAAUUUAAUUCUCUUUGAAGAAAAAAAAAGAUUAUGUACAUUCCCUUUCAAGUGAAGCAUUCCUUUAUUACUUGUUCAUGCUGGUCCUAGCCUGGGUGAGUGAGGCUGGCUCUGUGGGCCUGGGUGACUCUGUUCAGGUCGUAGAGUGGCUUUGUUUUACAUUGUUCUUGGUAUUCGAAGGGCUGCCUGCUCCAAUUUCAAUUCCUUGGUGUUCUCAAUGUGUCCUGGCAAGGAAGGCUUUCUGCCCCACUGGCUCCUUAAAUAUAUGCAAAAGUGUAUUCAGUUUUAUAUGUCACCUGCUGGGGUCCUCCUCCCCGUCACAGUUAGGAUCAGAACCUGAUGCCAAGAGGAACCUGGGAUCAAGCCUUCCUUGCUAGCUGUAUCCCAAUGAGAAUAUUUUCCUGUGGUCUUCACUGCAUUUGGUUUUGUUUCUGACUUGAGGGACAGUUGGAGGAAAUGCUGGAUUCCAAACAAGUACCAGUAAGGAGCUUGCCUUGCAGCUUUGGAAAGCAUCCAAAACAAAACCAAAUGAUGCAACAACAAACUCAAAUUUUGCACAGGCAAAAUCACGGGUUCCCAUACCAUCACCCUCCAUGAAACCUGCGAUUUUGAUGUGGCUCUCCAGCAUUAACAUUGCUGUCUGUGUGUUGUGUAUGCUAGGUGACACCCUCAGUAGGGACUGACUACUAGACUGUACGUGUGCUUUAUCGAAGUGUGUAAGAGUAAAAACUCACAUGCACGAAUUGAAAAGUAAAGAAAUGACACUUGUGAACGCGUGAACGUUAACACUGUAGUUGAUAGAUCUUAAGCUGCUAAUUGUUGAGAGAGAAUUAAAUUUAUGUUCUGUCUGGUUGCUGCUGACUCUCAGCAGCACUUUUACUGUACAUACAAAUUGAA